AUGGCACCAACAUUGUUUGAUGAAAAGGUAAACCCUGGAGACCUAAUAGAAAUCUUUCGUGGCUCCUAUCAACACUGGGCCAUCUACAUCGGUGAUGGCCUUGUGGUUCAUCUGGCUCCCCCCUCCGAGAUUGCAGGUGCAGGUGUCGACAGUAUGAUGUCUGUCUUGGCGGAGAAAGCCAUUGUAAAGGAGGAGGAGCUGUGGGAUGUUGUUGGAACAAACAAGUGGGUUAUCAACAACAGCCUGGAUGAAAAAUACAGCCCUCGCUCAGCUGAAGUCAUUGUCCGGGAGGCACGCAGAUAUGUGGGGAAAGAAAUCUCUUACUCUGUCUUCAGCGGCAACUGCGAGCACUUUGUCACUGAACUGCGCUAUGGCCAGCCUGAGUCCAGACAGGUUCGCAAAGCUGGUGAAACGAUGCUGUGGAUGGGCGUGGUCGGUGCUUUAGUGGGUUUGGCGGGGGCGUUCCUCGUUGGAAAUAAAAAUCAAAAGGAAAAGGAAAAGGAAAAGAACAUGCAAUAA